AUGACAUUAUUUGAUUUUUUCAAUAUGUGGUUAUUAUUCCUGUAUAUUGGACAAACAUCAGGCAUCUCAUACAAUCAACCAAAAUUUUGUGCAAAUGCAACAUGGAAUUCUACGGCUAUAACUUUUGCCAAUAGCACUACAGUUGGCUCAAGUCCUAAUGGUAUUUUUAUCAAUGCGAACAAUACUGUCUAUGUGGCUGAUUAUUCAAAUUAUCGAGUUCAGGUAUGGAUUAAUGAUAGUACAACACCGACAAGAACUAUUUCGGGUGGUUUAGUUCAUCCUUAUAGCGUUUUUGCCGCAGAUAAUGGUGAUAUAUAUGUCGAUAAUGGCAAUACAAAUUAUGAAGUUGACAAAUGGAUGUUAAACUCAACAAGUAGUGUUGCAGUGAUGUAUAUGUGCGGAGCAUGCUAUAGUCUUUUUAUUGAUAUAAGUAAUACGCUUUACUGCACAAUGUAUGCUUCUCAUAAAGUUAUCUCACAAUCAUUGAGUACACGUUUGCCUAUUUGGAAUACGGUUGCUGGAAAUGGAACUUAUGGAUCAACAUCGACUACACUUUAUUAUCCUCGUGGAAUCUUUGUUGAUAGUAACUUGAAUUUAUAUGUGGCGGAUAUGUAUAACAGUCGAAUUCAAAAAUUUGCAUCGGGGCAAAUAAAUGGAACGACAGUAGCAACAGGCACUAUUACACUAUCUUAUCCAACUGGAGUUAAUCUUGAUGCUGAUGGAUAUCUUUUUAUUGUUGACAGUUAUAAUUAUCGUAUUAUUGGUUCAGGACCUUAUGGAUUUCGAUGUAUAGCGGCAUGUUCUGGAACACAUGGUUCAACAGCUACCACAUUAUAUUAUCCAUCAACUCUUAGUUUUGAUAGUUAUGGAAAUAUAUUUGUUACUGAUACGUCUAACAGUCGCGUUCAAAAGUUUUUAUUAAUAACAAAUGGAUGCAAUGGAACGACAACGAUGAUAAAUGUAACAUCAAUGAAUAGUACUGAGUCAGUUCCUUUAUUAACAGCUGCCUAUGGAACAAAUUCUACCAAUGCAUCUUCUGCGACAGGUCUUUCAUACAAUCGGCCAACAUUCAGCGCUUAUGCUACUUGGAGUGCUAAUGGAAUAACUCUUUUCAACAGCGGUUCCGGAUUUAUAUACGGUAUAUUUAUUGAUACUAACAAUACUCUUUAUAUAAGUGAAUGGUCUCAAUCUAUUAUUCUGGUUUUCCUUGAAGGUAGUACCGUACCUAUAAGGAAUAUGAGUGGUGGUUUAUUUUAUCCUUAUACUCUAUUCGUUACAGUUAACGGUGAUGUUUACGUUGAUAAUGGUUAUUCAAAUAGUCAAGUAGAUAAAUGGACAGUAAAUUCAACGAUUGGUGUUUCAGUAAUGAAUGUCAAAGCCGCAUGUUGGGGUCUUUUUGUUGAUAUGUAUAAUAAUCUUUAUUGCUCACUAACUGCACUUCAACAAGUGGUCACAAAAUCAUUAAAUAGUAAUUCAAAUAUGUGGAUAGUUGCUGCUGGUAUAGAUUGUGCAGGAUCAACAUCAAAUGCACUUUAUAAUCCUCGUGGUAUCUAUGUUGAUACAGAUUUAAGUUUAUAUGUUGCUGAUUAUGGUAACAAUAGAAUACAAUUAUUUUUAUUAAAUCAAUUAAAUGGUAUUACAAUAGUUGGUACCGGAGCACCAUCAACUAUUGAUCUCUCUGGUCCUAGUGGUGUUACUCUUGAUGCUGAUGGUUAUCUAUUUAUUACGGAUACUUCCAAUCAACGUAUUAUUGGUUCAGGACCAAAUGGAUAUCGUUGUCUAGUAGGAUGUACAAAAGUUAUCGGUUCAGGAUCUAAUCAGUUAUAUUAUCCAACUGCUCUAUCUUUUGAUACUCAUGGAAAUAUGUUUAUUGCUGACGACUGGAAUCAUCGAGUUCAAAAAUUUUAUUUAACAACCAAUGUUUAUAAUACAACUAUCAAUCAACCAAACUUCUGCCCAUCUACAACUUGGUAUACAAAUGCAAUUACAUUUGCUAAUAGUAGUACGGCCGGAACUCUCGUAUUUGGUGUUUUCAUUAGUAUUAAUAAUACUAUAUAUGUAGUUAAUCAACAAACUAAUACGGUUGUAGUAUGGUUCGAAGGAAGUACCAAUCCAGAUAAAAUUCUUUCUGGUAGUUUGAGUACCCCAAAUGAUCUUUUCGUUACUCCUCUGGGUGAUAUAUAUGUUGAUAAUGGUUUAAAUAAUGGUCAAGUUGAUAAAUUUUCAUUAAACUCAAAUAUAAGUACUUCUGUAAUGUCAGUUCCUUAUGCAUGUUAUGGUAUUUUUGUUGAUAUUAGUAAUACUCUUUAUUGUUCAACAUUUUCGUCUCAUCAAGUUGUUAAGAAAUGGUUGAAUGAUAAUGUACUUACAUCAACUAUCGUUGCCGGCAACGGCACAGCUGGAUCAACAGCAACUAGACUUAAUAAACCUAUUGGAAUUUUUGUUGAUGCUCAAAUUAAAUCUAUAUCAGGAGCUAGUGCGCCAGGAACUAUUACACUUAAUAAUCCAUAUGGUAUUGCAUUAGAUGGUAAUGGAUAUCUUUUUAUUGUGGAUACUUUUAAUAGUCGAAUAAUUGGAUCAGGACCAUAUGGUUUUCGAUGUUUAUUUGGAUGUACAACAAUACCUGGUUCUUCAUCAAGUCAAUUAAAUUACCCAACAUCUUUAAGCUUCGAUAGUUAUGGAAAUCUAUAUGUUGCUGAUAGAGGUAACAGUCGAGUGCAAAAGUUUAUAUUAGCAUCAAAUUCAUGUAGUCUUUCUUAUAAUCAACCAACAUUUUGUUCUGAUGCUUCGUGGUAUUCUAAUGCAUCAACUUUUGCAUCAAGUACUACAAUUGGUACAUUACCUUAUGGUAUUUUUAUUAAUGGAAUUAAUACUGUAUAUGUACCUAAUCGAGUUAGUAGCACUAUUUUAUCAUGGCCUCAAGGAAGUAGUACAUCAAUAAGUAAUAGUUACAGUAAUUUGAGUUGUCCAUAUAGUCUUUUUAUGUCUAUUAAUGGUGAUAUUUAUAUUGAUAAUGGUUAUUCCUAUGGUCGAGUCGAUAAAUAUAUAUUUAAUACUUCAAAUCGGGUUACUGUUAUGAAUAUUAAUGGAAGUUGUUAUGGUUUAUUUAUUGAUAUUAAUAAUAAUCUUUAUUGUUCACUUAAAAAUCUUCAUCAAGUUGUUAAACUCUUAUUUAAUAAUGGUACAACCAUUCCGACAGUCGCAGCUGGUAAUGGUUCUGCUGGAUCACUAUCAAAUAUGCUUAAUUCUCCACAAGGAAUCUAUGUCGAUAGUAAUUUAAAUCUAUAUAUUGCAGACAGUGCUAACAAUCGUAUUCAAUUCGUUCAAACUGGUCAAUUAAAUGGAGUAACAAUCGUUGGUAAUGGAUCUUCAAUAAAUUUUAUACUUAACUAUCCAACUGGAAUUGUCCUUGAUGCUAACGGUUAUCUUUUUAUUGUCGAUAGUUAUAAUCAUCGUAUUGUUGGUUCAAGUUCUUCUGGUUUUCGAUGUAUAGUAGGAUGUUCGGGAGGUGGUUCAACUGCAUUUCAAUUAUCUUUUCCACAAAGUAUGGCUUUUGAUAGUUAUGGAAACAUUUAUGUUACUGAUCGAAAUAAUAGUCGAGUGCAACAAUUCGCUCUUCAAACUAACAACUGCAGUAAGUUUCAAUACCGACCACCACCACCACCACCACUACUACUACGAGUAGCAGCAGCAGUACCAGUACCACAACUAGCACUACUACUACUACCACUACCAGCACCACAAGUAGCAGCACUACUACUACUACCACCAGCAGCACUACAAGCAGUAGCAGUACUACAAGUACCACUACCACCACCACCACCAGUAGCACUACUAGUACCACUAGUGCUACAACAAGUAGCAGCAGUACCACAAGUAGCUCUACUACCACGACCACUACUAGCAGUACCACUACGAGCAGUAGCAGCACUACGAGUACCACUACCAGUGCUACCAGUAGCAGUACUACUACCACCACAAGUACUACAACAAGUAGCAGCAGUACCACAAGUAGUACUACUACCACGACUACCACUAGCAGUAUUACUACGAGCAGCAGUAGUACUUCAAGUAGCACCACUACUACUACUACCACCGCCAGUAGUACGACUACAAGUAGCAGCAGUACCACAAGUAGUACUACCACGAGCAGCAGUAGUACCUCAAGUAGCACUACUACCACGACCACCACUAGCAGUACCACUACAAGCAGCAGUAGUACCUCAAGAAGCACCACUACAAGUAGCAGCAGUACUUCAAGUACAACUACUACUACCACUACCACUAGCAGUACUUCAAGUAGUAGUACUACCACGACCACUACCACCAGUACUACUACGAGUAGCAGCAGUAGUACCACAAGUAGUACUGCUGUGA